AUGACAGAAAACCCAUACCUGCAUCCAGGCUUCGCCGGUUUCAAGCCCCGGCCAAGCCAUCAGCGACUGGCUCUCUGCGUCUUCUUGGGCGCCCUGCUUCAUACCGCCGCCGUUAACUCAUUCAAUGGCUUCGACCUAUGGGAACAAAAGACAACGGCGAUAUGUUCGAGCUCAUUGUUGCUAUACCGCACGCCCCCUGUUACGUGCCUUGCUCUUACCCCCUAUCCUAAGCAACGUGCCUUGCUCUUACCUAUAUCCAACGGGGUUAAAAGCUCCCCGCCUAACAUCAAUGAGAGAUCAUUCUCAUCCUCCCCAAGAUUUCGCCAUAAGGCCUUUGAUACCCCCGCUGACGAGAGACAGGUGCCGGCGUGGGUCAUUUCCAUGACGGAGGUUGAGGUCACAGCCAGCAACGAAGUCAAAACGAGAUCCCGGUCGUACACCAUCAAGGGAACGCCCAUUGUAGCCCUCACCAGAGAAGUUGGAGAUGUCGGAGACUCAGAUGCAUAUAUAUCUUCAUUCACGUACCACCUGUAUACCCACCCAGAUGACCACGACGCACGAUUCGAGGACCGUCUUGUCACUGGCAUUGCCGUAAAGAUGGUCACGUAUCGGGCGUGCUACUCGGACGACGAGCACGAUUUCUUUGGUGAUUACCUCGACUGGGAUCAGGUACAUUUGUGGAGCCCCCCCUAUGAGCCGUUCCUGCUCUUGUCUAUCAUCUACACUGAUGCCUUUUGGUUGGUUCGCUGCGAGGCAUGCGGAAAUCAGGAGAGAGCAAGCAGCAGUCUAAAAGCAGACGCAGGGCCAGCUCAAGUUUCUCGCCAGAUCCUACCAGAAACAACGCGCAGUAUGGGCCGGCUGGCUUAG